AUGUUGGAAAUCAAGUAGGAGUUCUUGGUGCUAACGAGUUAGAAAAGUUAGAUAAGAUCCUUGAGACGGAAGAUGAAGAGUCUUUACUGAAUAGACGAUACGUAUAUUGGUCAACGAAUCUUAGAAAAACGGUACAGACAACCAUACGUGAAAUAAUAAAUGAUGGAUUAGAACAGUUAAGGUCAUAUAUGAGUACAAUAGCAAAGGGUCAUGCGGUUGGAUAUUCUACUUCGGGGGUAUUCGAUGAAUGA